CCAGGGUUGCGCAACACGGUUCGCUACAGACAAAGCUUAUUGUGGAAAUCGGCUUAGACAGUCUCUAUAGCAACUGCGAAUCAUAACAGAAGAGUGAGGGCUUCAUCAGUGAAUCAUCUUCGUGAUGGUAAAACCGAGGCAAAUAGGUCCUGAGAAGGAGGACUCUUACCGUUCUCUUUCUGACCUGGUCCGCCCAACGCUCACUUUGAGCAUCAAAAAACUCGAAAUCCCCGCAUGGGAUCUGAUUGAAUGUUCCACAUCCCAGGCAGAUCAGCGCACUUUCAGAUGGUUUCUAAAUAAGGAGGCUCGGCUCUUGACGAGAAUUUUUCAGGGAUAUAUCUACUUUGUUUCUCCAGAAAAGCUGGAAGAUCUGUAAAGCCAUUUCGAAUCCUGCAUCAGUGAACAAUGCCAAUAACAUCCUGGUUUAAAUGGAGCAAGCCUAUUCAAAAUUACUCCCAGAGGAAACCCACAGAUGUGAUCAUUGAAACCCUCAUGAUGGAACUUAGCUGGCAGAUGAAACAAGCUGAGAAGAUGCAGAGAGAACGGGAGAAUGAGUACAGGAGGAUAAAAACAGGAGUAGAUUACAGCUGGCUGAUCAGUCAUCCCAAACAUAGUUACGAAGUGUCUCCAAGAGAGAGGCUAGAACUUGAAGAGGCUUGUUCCAAAAUCCACCCUUCUUACUGUGGGCCUCUGGUACUUAGGUUUCGACAGGUGAUUGCUGAAUAUGAGCCAGAUGUUCACGAAGUAGUACAAUUAUUCCGGGCUGUUCUUCAGGAUGCUUUUGAGCAAAUGAAGGAAGAUCAAGAUACCAGUAAGCUAACCAGGCAAUGGAACAAGAAACAGACAUUGAGUCUCUCCACGACAUUGUUUAAAUCACGAGUAAGGAUAUAUCCUUUCAGCAGUAAUAUCAAGACAGUGUCAGAAGAUGUGGAGCAAGGCUUUGAGUCAGCCAGACGAGUAUGGAGUAUGCCGGAGUUCAAAACUGCUAAAGACUUCUGAAGGAGUGCACCAUUUCUACUUUUCUAACAGACAUUAUGCUGUAGAAGUGAUUAGAUAUCAUAUUUAAACACUAAACAUUAGAUUGAUUCUUGUCUUUCAGUGAUGUGACCGCUACGAAUGUGCAUGGCUUGCCCACUGUGAACUCACAGAUACGAAGCUGGGUUACUUAUUCUUGAGAAUGUAGAUGGAAUUUGUUUCUGGCUAUACUGUGAAAUGAAGGAUAAUAGCUUAAAUGCUUGUUUUAAACGGUAACUGAUUUUCAUCACUAUUGAAUACUAUCCACACUUACUGCGGAUAAUUGUGAUUUAUUAGAAUAUGAUAUUGGUAUUCUGUCAGUUUUUU